AAAUCAUUAAUGAUAGCAGUUGUGAAGAAGCGUCUGAAGCCUGUGGGAGAUGAUGUUCAGGGACAUGGAGAGGUCAAGUUUCAGGACAUCAGACUCUACCUGGUGGAGAGGAAAAUGGGCCGCAGCAGGAGGACCUUCUUGACCCAGCUGGCCAGGUCAAAGGGCUUUGCUGUGGAAGACAAUCUCAGUGAUGGGGUCACUCAUGUGGUCUCAGAGGAAAACCAGGCUACAUGGCUGUGGACAUGGCUGAAGGAGUCUGGUCUGAGGGACUUACCCAGGAUGCAGGUGUUGGACAUCAGCUGGUUCACUGAGAGCAUGAGAGAGGGGAGACCUGUUGCUUUGGAGACCAGACACUACAUUCAGGAUGUCUCACUGAUUUUGCCAGAAGCUUCUCCAACCCCUCCUGUGGCAGCGGUUUCUCAGUAUGCUUGCCAGAGACAGACGACGACCGAAAACCACAACAAGAAGUUCACAGAUGCCUUUGACGUGCUGGUGGAGAACUAUGAAUUAAAUGACAACGACGGUCCAAGUGUGGCCUUCAGACGAGCCGCGUCUGUCCUGAAGAGUCUGUCCUGGACGGUGCGGAGUCUGGAGGCUACUAAUGGCCUGCCCUGCCUGGGGGAUCACUCCAAGACCAUCAUCGAGGAGAUUCUUCAAUACGGGUGUUCAUCUGACGUUGAGAAAAUACUCCGUGAUGAAAGGUAUCAAACACUGAAGCUGUUCGCAAGUGUUUUUGGAGUCGGACCCAAAACAGCUGAGAAGUGGUACCGGAAGGGGCUGCGGUCAUUUGACGAGGUUCUAGCAGAGCCUGGCAUACAGCUAAACCGGAUGCAAGAAGCUGGUUUUCUACAUUAUGGAGACAUCUCCAGGGCUGUCAGUAAAGCUGAGGCUCAAGCCCUGGGGAGCAUUAUUGACGAGGCUGUCCAGCGGAUCACACCACACGCCGUGCUGGUACUGACAGGUGGCUUUCGCAGGGGGAAGGAGUUUGGUCAUGACGUGGACUUUCUCCUGACUACACCUGAGCCGGGGAAGGAGGAGGACCUGCUGCUCACUGUCAUUAAAAUAUUCAGAAAACAAGGUCUUCUGCUGUAUUGUGACUACCAGGCUUCCACCUUUGAUAUGAGCAAGUUCCCCUGCCUCAAGUUCGAGGCCAUGGAUCAUUUCCCAAAGUGCUUCCUGAUCCUGCGGCUGGAGGGCAGCCGGGUGGAGGGCGGCGUCCAGCAGGAGGAGGGGGACGACCGGGGCUGGAGGGCAGUGCGGGUGGACAUUGUGUCACCGCCCAUAGACCGCUACGCUUUUGCUCUCCUUGGCUGGACGGGCUCCAGGCAGUUUGAAAGAGAUCUGAGGAGGUUUGCUCGAUGGGAAAGGAAGAUGCUUCUGGACAAUCAUGGCCUGUACGACAAAACCAAGAACAAAUUCCUGGCAGCUAAGACCGAGAAGGACAUCUUUGCCCAUCUGGGUCUGGAGUACAUGGAGCCUUGGCAGAGGAAUGCCUAG